ACCACGGAAACCACGACCACACCUGAGACUACCACAACUCCGGAAGAAACUACCACGGAAACCACGACCACACCUGAGACUACCACUACUCCGGAAGAAACUACCACUCAAACCAGCACCACACCUCAGACUACAACUGAUGAGGAAGGUGAGUAAACUGACAACCAGAAAGCGCUCACAAAAAUACUAA